GCAAACAUAGUGUAUUCAUUCUACAACUACCACAAACAUUUGAGAAUUCUUGAAAAACUUCCUCCAGCAAUCGAAAAACCUAGCAAAAUCACUAUUUGUUUCACAAAAAUGGCCACUGUUGAGGAAAUUCGUAGGGCACAACGGGCCGAGGGGCCGGCCACCGUGUUGGCCAUUGGAACGGCCAAUCCUCCCAACUGUUUUGAUCAAAGCACUAGUCCUGACUAUUUUUUUCGUGUCACUAACAGUGAGCAUAAAACUGAGCUUAAGGAGAAGUUUAAGCGCAUGUGUGACAGAUCAAUGAUAAAAAGAAGGUACUUUCACUUAACAGAGGAAAUCUUGGCAAAAAAUCCUAAUUUUUGUGAAUACAAAGCACCUUCCUUUAAUGCUAGGCAAGACAUAGCGAUUGUUGAAGUACCAAAACUUGGCCAAAAAGCCGCCGAAAAGGCCAUCAAAGAAUGGGGUCAGUCCAAAUCCAAGAUUACUCAUUUGGUCUUUUGCACCACUAGUGGUGUGGAUAUUCCUGGUGCUGACUAUCAACUCACUAAACUUCUUGAACUUAGCCUAUUAGUCAAGCGAUACAUGAUGUACCAACAAGGUUGUUUUGGUGGUGGUGCUGCUGUCCGAUUAGCCAAGGACUUAGCUGAGAAUAAUAAAGAUGCUCGGGUUCUUGUUGUUUGCUCAGAAUUAAUCAGUUUGCUCGGCUUCCAUGCCCCAAAUGAAACCGAGUCCGAAGUUUUGGUUGGGCAAACUCUCUUUGGUGAUGGGGCAUCAGCUGUCAUUAUUGGUUCCGAUCCAAUUAUAACUAUAGAAACGCCUUUGUUUGAGCUUAUAUUCGCGACCCAAACUCUUCUCCCGGACAGUGGACAUGCAAUUACUGGUAACCUCAAUGAGGCCGGGUUGAUAGCUGAAAUACAUAAGGAUACUCCAAUGCUAAUAUCAAAAAACAUUGAGAAGAUUCUAGUGGGAGCAUUCCAGCCUUUGGGUAUUUCAGAUUGGAACUCUAUCUUUUGGGUAUCCCAUGCAGGUGGACGUGCAAUUUUGGAUCAAAUUGAACUAAAAUUGGGUCUAAAGCCUGAAAAACUCAAGGCUACAAGGCAUGUCUUGAGUGAAUACGGGAACAUGAGCAGUGCCUAUGUUUUGUUUGUUUUGGACGAGAUGAGGAAAGCCUCUACCAGGGAAGGAUUGGGUACCACCGGUGAAGGACUUGAGUGGGGCGUCCUUUUGGGUUUUGGGCCUGGUCUAACCAUUGAGGCGGUCGUCCUCCGCAGUGUUUCUGUUUAGGUUGGAGUUUUAUAUAUGUUCUGAUGUUAUAUACAAAAAUUAUAUAAAUUUUAUAUAUUUUUUCGGAUACCAAAUGUAAAUAGUUCCUGGAACGUGCUAAAAGCGAAUAUCCCUCGUUCCUUUGCUUUAAAUUUCUUUUGCUUGCUAUUAUGUAUUUGCCUCUUUAAUGAUGUCUAUAACAUAAAUGAAACCAUGAGCUAACUCGUGUA